AUGUCUCAAACGCGAUACGUCUCUCGAGUGAUUCCACAAAUCUCACUCCACAAUUUCGAAGAUCGAAUCGAUGAAAUCACCAACCAACUGAUCGAAGCCGCCGAAAAUGUCGGAUUUUUCACCGUAAUCGGCCAUGGAAUUUCCAAAGAAGAUAUCGACUCCAUGUUCGCGAUAUCGAAAAGUUUCUUCGAUCUACCAGACGAGGUCAAAGCAACUGUCCCAUGGAAUCCGAACAACGUCGGAUGGGAAAAGAACUCACAAAUCCGACCGUCUACUGGGCAACCCGACAGUAAAGAAUCCUACCAGUUACAGUUCGGCGAGAAUAUGAAUGACCUCUGGGUCAAAUACGACGACCUGCCUGGUUUCCGGACCGCCUGUCUUGAUUUCAUGAACCGUACACAACAAGUAUCGGAAUGUUUGAUGCGAUGCUUUGCGCGGGGUCUGGGGUUCCCCGAGAGAUUCUUCAUCGAGUGUCAUGGUAUCUCACGACCGAACUCGCAAACCACUAUGCGUCUACUGCAUUACUUUUCGUUGCCGGAGAUUCGUGAUGGGAAGGUGUAUCAUCGCGCAGGGGCACAUGCCGAUUGGGACUUUUUGACUUUACUUUUCCAGAAGGAUGGCCAGGAUGGGCUGGAAAUCUGUCCCGGUCGCGAGGUGGUGACAGAGUUCGGUAUUGGGGAUGAAUGGACCAAAGUGACGGCUAGGACUGGCGAGAUUGUGUGCAAUAUUGGCGAUUUACUCAUGUCCUGGUCGGAUGACCGAUUCAAGUCGACUUUCCAUCGUGUCAAGGCUCCUUGUGACGAUGGCGACUAUUUUGGCGACCGAUACAGCAUUGCUUACUUCAAUCAGCCGUGUAAGGAUGCCUUGAUCCAGGGGCCCUCGAAGAAGUAUCCAAUGGUGACUGGGGCUGAGUUUACCGAUACCGCCAUGAAAAGGAAUUUUGCGGCUUUGCAGGAGAAGUUGAAGACGGUCGCAACGGCAUAA